AUGGCGGCGAGGAGAGGAGCGAAGCGAGCUGCGGUGCAAGCCAGUUCAAUGAAUGACGAGGAUCAAGAACUAGAGAAGAACUACAGAAAUUUGGACAGGAUAAAAAACUUAAUCAUCUCCGCGCAGCACAGAAGAAAGAACGGCGUAUCCGCCAAAGGGACACAACGUCGAAACAGUGCAAAGUUCUUCAGCUCCGAUGAGAGUGGAUCGGAAGCAGCCAGCAGCAGUGCGACUCCGACGUCCAGAAAACAAACAACAAGAGCGAGUCGUAGGAAAAGUACCGGUAUUGUUAAAAUUAAAAAGACUAAAGACUUAGUUAGUCUCCCUACAACACCGCGUGCAAGAUUGAACAGAAUACCACGGGAAAUACCAAACAAUGUCAAUGAACAGAACGAUGACCCGCCAUCAACUGCUUCCAAAAUCGAUGACAGAUUUUCUGAAACCGAUGAAGAAGUGGACAUAGCAGAUGCCGCAACAAAUACAUCCUUCGCCUAUUCGGAUGAUAACAGUACUCCCAUUCUAAGAAGACGCAGUAAACUGUCUGAUAAUGUUGCUGUUGCAAGUGAACAUUCAAACCAUUCUAGUGGUCCAAGUGCCUAUGACGAUGACGACAACCCCUUACAGCAUGAAUUCCUAUUACAGGAAGAUCUCAGUGGAAGUUUUGGGAGCAAAUAUGGACAUGUUAUUUCGGUUGCGUUAGUGGUUAUCGUUGUUAUAUUUUUCCUUACAUUGGGUGUGAUUUACCUAACUGUUGAAGUCAGUGAUGAUGACACGGUUAUAAGCGAUGAUCAUCUUCUAUGUUCCAAGUUGCCUGGUGAUAAGAGUGACUGUUCCAACAAGUUGAGAUACGAGAAAGCCUUAUCUGUUAUCCAUCAUCUCUAUGAUAAUCUAUGUAUACUAGCAGGAGAGAGUGAAUGUAGUUCUGAAAUACUAAGCAAGAAUAUCUCUUUGGAUGUAGCAAGAAAUUGGACCCUCACUAAAUUGAAAGCUGAAUCACAAGGUGAACAUUCUGCUGAAGAAGUGUAUCAAGUAUUAAAUGAUUCUCUGAAUAUAUUAUUGAAUCAUUCAGACUGGGGAAUACGGUUAUUUGAUAGCAAUAUGCAGAUUACCAACAUCACAGACGACGUUGAAUGGUUGGAUUCGGAACAUCCACAUAUGUCUAUAUGGUGUCGUAUACAAAGAUCUGUCACUUCACUAUUUUUUAGGAUCACAAUGUUAUUUAUUGUGAUCAUCUGUUCGUGGGGGUUGUGUGCUUAUAUCAAAUACCGAUGGAAACGAGAGGAAGAGGAACAACGACUGGUUUAUGAAAUGGUAGAAAAAAUUAUAGAUGUGUUGAAAACGCACCAUGAAUCAUGUCGGCGUGACCGAGGCCUACAGCCUUUCCUAGCAAUACCGCAUGUGAGAGAUAUGUUGUUACAACCAUCAGAAAGACGACCACGUGGUAGGAUUUGGGACAAGGCAGUAAAGUUUUUGGAAUCUAGCGAAUCUCGUGUUAGAGUUGAAAGUCAGUGUAUCUCAGGGGAAGACUUUGCUGUUUGGAGAUGGUUACAAGUCAUGUCAUCAGCGACAAAAGAUGAUGAUUUGCCAUCUAAAAAACAGUGGCAAGGGCAAGCAUUUGAAAAUCUUGAAACAGCUGUGAAAACUCCUACAUACAGUCCAACAUCCUGCCUCAAGAUAAGAAAUAUGUUUGAUCCUUCAUUGGAGCAUGGUGAAAACUGGCAUUUGGCAAUUCAUGACGCUGUAUUGGAGAAAUGUAAAGAUAACGACGGCAUCGUGCAUGUAGCUGUAGACAAGACUUCUAAAGAGGGUUGUGUCUACAUGAAAUGUAACUCUCCACAAUCUGCUGGCAAAGCAUUCAAGUUACUCCAUGGAUGCUGGUUUGAUGGAAAAUUAGUGACAGUGAAGUACCUUAGAUUAGAUCGAUAUCAUCAAAGGUUUCCAUCAGUUCAAAAUUCGUCGUCACCUCUGAAGACAACUGCAUUACCAGAUACAACCCAAACAUCUAGAAUAUAUCCCUCGUUAGAUGGAUUGAAUACAGACGACGCUGUCUAGUCAAGUUACCUAAGCAUGGCUAUGAACCAGUAUGAGUUUAUACACAGUUAUCAGUUUAGACUUUCAGCUUGUAGACGUAGCGUAAAGCGCCAUGCAGUGAAAUAUAUCAAAGGGUAAAUAAGGUCAAGGGUCACAUAUUUAUGUUCUAUUACUUGGGAGGAAGAUUCCAUCAAAGACAUUAGAAAUUUUUUCUGAUGUCUUUGAUUCCAUAUAUGAAAUCAAAACUUCUCUAAAAGCUGUUUCAAACUUACUAAAUUUUGUUGAAGAAAAUCUUGUAUAAUUAUGGAAAACUAUUAAAAAUGCUAUUUUGUUU